ACCAUCUUGAUCGAAGUAUUUGAUUUUGCUUAUUUGGGCAAUAAUGAUAGAGUGAUCAUCCAUGCAUCAAAUUAUUAUAAUCAAGCAGCCUUUUCGGAUGUAUGUAUUGAAAUGGACGAAUUAGAACAAGAUGAUUAUUUAACGGAUAAUGGGUUGUGUUAUGCAAAG